AUGGCACAUGCAGAGGAGCUUUCGCCAAUGUUAAAAUUGGAAAGAUUUCAACAAGGUACUUUGAAUCUAAUGGCUGGAAGCUGGGAUGGAAAUUACGACCCGGGUAGUCAAUCCGAUGACAGCCUCCAUUUCGAUAGACUACAUAUUGAACCUAUUUAUGAUGCAUUUAUCUGCCCUUUGACUAAACAAGUAAUGCGAGAUCCUGUGACGCUGGAAAAUGGGCAAACUUUUGAGAGAGACGCAAUUGAGAAAUGGUUCAGGGAGUGUAGGGAGAGUCGAAGACGGCUUGUUUGCCCAUUGACUCUGAGAGAGCUAAGAAGCACUGAAUUAAAUCCGAGUAUUGCUUUACGGAACACAAUUGAAGAAUGGAAGGCCAGGAAUGAAGCUGCUCAGCUUGACAUGGCUCGUAAAUCAUUAUCGGCAGGCAGCCCAGAAAAUGAUAUUUUACAGGCUCUGAAGUUUGUCCAGCAACUGUGCCUAAACAAUCCGUCAAAUAAGCACGUAAUCCGUAAUGCGGAGCUGAUACCAUCGAUAGCCGAUAUGCUGAAAAGCAGUAGUCGUCUGGUUCGGUCUAAGGCUCUAGAAACGCUUCGUAUUGUAGUGGAGGAUGACCCAGAUAAUAAGGAAAUAAUUGCUGAAGGGCACACUGUGCGCACGAUAGUCAAAUUCUUAUCACACGAGCAAUCCAAAGAGAGAGAAGAAGCUGUUUCUUUGCUGCAUGAGCUCUCGAAAUCUGAAUUAUUGUGUGAAAAGAUUGGUUCAGUUAAUGGAGCAAUUCUUAUGUUAGUAGGAAUGGCAAGCAGCAACUCGGAAAAUCUUCUGACUGUUGAAAGUGCUGAUAAAACCCUGGAGAAUCUGGCAGAAUGUGAGAACAAUGUAAGACAAAUGGCCGAAAAUGGAAGAUUGCAUCCUCUUCUAACUCUACUACUUGAAGGCACUCCAGAAACUAAAUUGUCGAUGGCUGCAUUCCUGGGUGAGCUGGUUUUAAACAAUGACGUGAAAGUCUAUGUGGCUAGGACAGCUGGUUCGUCCCUGAUUAAUCUCAUGAAAAGUACUAACAUGGAGUCGAGAGAGGCUGCUCUUAAAGCUUUAAAUCAAAUUUCUUCAGAUGAAUCAAGUGCCAAGGUCUUGAUAGAGGCAGGUGUACUUCCGCCUCUUGUCAAGGAUCUCUUUACCGUUGGCUCGAACCAGCUGCCCAUGCGACUAAAAGAAGUUUCAGCAACAAUUCUUGCAAAUGUUGUGAGCUCGGGAUAUGAUUUUGAUUCCAUUCCAGUUGGACCUGAUAACCAAACUCUGGUUUCCGAGGAAAUAAUUCAUAAUCUUCUACAUCUUAUCAGCAACACGGGGCCUGCAAUAGAAUGCAGGCUUUUCCAGGUUCUUGUUGGGCUUACGAGUUCUCAGACAACUGUUUCCAGUGUUGUUUCUGCUAUUAAGAGUUCGGGGGCUACUAUUAGUUUGGUUCAGUUUAUUGAGGCUCCGCAGAGGGAUCUGAGGUUGGCUUCGAUAAAACUUCUUCAGAAUCUCUCCCCAUACAUGGGCCAUGAACUAACAGGUUGCCUACGUGGCACAUCUGGUCAACUUGGUAGUCUGAUAAGGGUAAUAUUGGAAAACAUAGCGAUAACUGAGGAGCAGGCAGCAGCCGUUGGGCUUUUGGCUGAUCUUCCAGAAAGAGACGUCGGCCUGACGAGACAGAUCCUAAAUGAAGGUGCGUUUGAGCUGUUCAUUUCUCGUGUAAUUAGGAUCAGACAAGGGGAGACGAGAGGCAGCCGGUUCAUGACACCAUAUUUGGAAGGGCUUGUUAAGGUUCUUGCAAGAAUUACAUUUGCCUUGUCUGAAGAGUCAGGUUCUGCCCGUGCACUUUGUCGUGAACACAAUGUAGUGUCGCUCUUUAUUGACCUUCUACAAGCUAAUGGGCUUGAUAAGGUACAAAUGGUAUCAGCCAUGGCUUUAGAGAACCUAUCCCAAGAAUCAAGAAACUUGACCAAAUUGCCUGAGCUUCCAACUCCGGGAUUUUGUGCCUCUAUCUUCCCUUGUUUAAGCAAGCCACCCGUCAUAACUGGAUUGUGUAGGGUUCAUCGUGGGAUGUGUUCGAUGAAAGAAACCUUUUGUAUUUUAGAAGGACAUGCUGUUGAGAAGUUGGUCGAACUUCUCGACCACAACAAUGACCAGGUCAUUGAAGCAUCGCUUGCAGCCCUGUCGACUCUUUUGGAAGAUGGGGUUGAUAUCGAGCAAGGAGUUCAGGUGUUAAUGGAUGCAGAAGGAAUCAAGCCUGUAUUCGAUGUGUUACUUGAGAAACGGACCGAGAGUCUAAAAAGGAGGGCUGUUUGGGCAGUCGAGAGACUAUUGAGAACAGAGGAUAUAGCCUACGAAGUUUCAGGAGAUCCAAAUGUAGGCUUAGCCCUCGUAGAUGCUUUUCAACAUGGCGAUUAUCGAACAAGACAGAUUGCUGAGCAUGCCUUGAAGCACGUUGAUAAAAUUCCCAACUUCUCUGGCAUCUUUCCGAACAUGGGAUAA